AUGGCGGCUGUGGCGGCGGGGCAGCCGCCUCAGCUCCGCGGCGCCGUGACGGUGAAUGAGGGAUGGGAGCCAUGCCCUGGCCAGCCGGGGUGGGCCACAACCGCCUGCUCGGCCGGACAGACCUGCCCUGGCGGAAACACGUGCGCCAACCCGCCUCAGUGUGGCUGCUUCCGGACCUGCGCUGCGGGGCAGUCCUGCCCGCCGGGACAGUAUUGCGACGGCGCCGGUGUUUGCACCCCUGGGGCCGCCCUGCGAUCGAACCAGUCUUCGGAGGGGAGUGGCGCCAGCAUCGUGACGGUGAAGGAGGGGUGGGAGCCAUGCCCUGGCCAGCCGGGGUGGGCCACCACCGCCUGCUCGGCCGGACAGACCUGCCCUGGCGGGAACAUGUGCGCGAACCCGCCUCAGUGUGGCUGCUUCCGGACCUGCGCUGCGGGGCAGUCCUGCCCGCCGGGACAGUACUGCGACGGCGCCAGUGUUUGCACGCCUGGGGCCGCCCUGCGAUCGAACCAGUCUUCGGAGGGGAGUGGCGCCAGCAUCGUGACGGUGAAGGAGGGGUGGGAGCCAUGCCCUGGCCAGCCGGGGUGGGCCACCACCGCCUGCUCGGCCGGACAGACUUGCCCUGGCGGGAACAUGUGCACCAACCCGCCUCAGUGUGGCUGCUUCCGGACCUGCGCUGCGGGGCAGUCCUGCCCGCCGGGGCAGUAUUGCGACGGCGCUGGUGUUUGCACACCUGGGGCCGCCCUGCGAUCGAACCGCUCUUUGGCGGAGGCUGCGGGCGUUGGCCUUCCGAACUCCAGCGGGGCGCCAUUCCUGGGCGAGGCGCUGGGGGGGCAGUGCGCCUGGACGGAGCGCAAGAACAGCGGCGGCCGUAACCUGAUGCAGGCCCCCUGGUCGCAGGGCCCAGACGCGUGCUGUGCCCGCUGCAACGAGCACUCGGAUUGUGUGGCGUGGACAUUUAUCAAGGGGAGCCACGAGUGCUGGCUGAAGAGCUACGUGCCGCCCAGUGACCAAUGGCGCUGGGACGAUUCGGCAGUCAGCAGCCUCGUGCGUGGCCCAGACACCAAGUGCAGUUGGGAGGACGACGAGAACAGCGGCGGGGACAACAUGAUGCAGGCCCCUUGGUCCCAGGACCCUCAGGCGUGCUGCAACCACUGCGGCGCGCAUUCGGGAUGCGUGGCGUGGACUUUUAUCAAAGGCAGCCACGAGUGCUGGCUGAAGAGCUACGUGCCGUCCAGGGACCAAUGGCGCUGGGAUGGCUCGGCAAUCAGCGGCAAGCUGGGUGGGCGGUGA